ACAUCGUGACACAAACAGAUGUUCAAUGAAAACACAGUACACAUAAGGUUAGCUAGGAUAUUGUGAUGUUUAUAUAAAACAAGACAGGAGAGUAAAUUGUGUGACUCGAUGGAAACAAGAAGGAUAUAUUUGCUCAUCUGGUUGUGCUGGUUUAGUGUAGAAGAUAUAUCGAAUGGGAACGAGCAUAAAGGUGUAGACAUAGGGUCAACCUGUAAACAUGACAGUGAAUGUAGGGCAGGAAAUGGCGGGGAAUAUUCUAAAUGCAAUGGGAGACUGUCUAUAUGCAUAUGCACUGUCGAUAUUUUAGGUGAUGACAGAUGCCAACCCAGAGUUCGUACUGGAGGUCGUAUGUGCAAGCAUAAGCCACUCUACACUGAAAAAGACAAAAAGAAUGUAUGCGCCACGGAAUGUUCAGCGAAAGGGACAUGGGAAUUGCCUGAUGACAUGGAUUGGUAUGGGUAUUUAUCAGAACAGUUUUCUUCAGUAUACGUUCGAGAUAAAAAGACUUCAGCUUGCUACGAUCCAGAGAGAGCUAUCCACAGUGUCCCGGAUGGUUUUGUAAUAAAGAAUUCUUCAAUCCCGAAUGCUGGACUAGGAGUUUUUACAGAAAUGUACAUACAACGAGAGACAGUUUUUGGUCCUUAUAAGGGCAUAUUCGACUAUAACGGAGGUACAGGAUACAGUUGGACGAUAUAUAAAGAUGAAGUCCGACAGGAGCAGAUGUUUGUUGAUGCUUCGCACGAGUAUUUAUCAAACUGGCUGAGGUAUAUUAAUGCGCCUGUAUCAGCAGAGACAGAAAAUAUAGUUCCCUUUCAACACAAAGGGCAUAUGUACUAUAUGGCAUUGAAGGCAAUACCUCCUGGAACGGAGCUGCUUGUUUCAUAUGGUAAAAAGUAUGCAAAACGUCUAGGAAUAAAAUAUUUUAAAAGUCCAAAAUAUGCUCAUGCAAAAUCAGGAUAUGCUGGAGGUUUAUGUACCAACGUAGGUAAAAGCUGCCGAUAUGACAAGAACACAAUCUGUGUACGGGGUUGGUGCUUUUGUAUACGUGGAUCUCAUCGUAGAGCCGGAUUUUGCAUACUAGAUGAAACAUUGGGUGGAAUAUGUGCAGGUUCCGACGGGGAAACUUGUAAACAUGACAAGUACGCCGAGUGCAAGAGAGGAGUAUGUGUCUGUAAAAACAGUUCUACUCCCGCCAGGGGAGUCUGCAUACCUGACGAAUUUGCCGGUGGUAGAUGUACGGGCCCUAAUGGUCAAGACUGUAUGUUAGACAGCAAUGCAGAAUGUGUGCACGGCUUGUGUCACUGCAAAUAUGGUACAAGUUUGAUAGAACAAGCAUGUAAAAGUUCAAAUAUCAGACUCUUUGCUGAUGAUACUAGCUUGUACAUUGUUGUUGACAACCCGGUCACAGCAGCCGAAACCCUUAAUUCAGACCUCAUGAAAAUAGACGAGUGGGCAAAUGAGUGGCUUGUCGAUUUCAACCCUAAAAAACAGAAUCACUUCUUAUUUCUAGUAAAAACAACAAAAACUGAAUCCUCCUCUCUCUUUGCAAACUCCUUUCUUCCAUCAACUGUUAGUGACUGGAACCAACUUCCGCUAGACCACAGAGAUUCUCCAACAUUGGGCAUCUUCACAAGACGACUUUAUUCUGAUGUAACGAAAGUUCCAUCUCAUUAUUAUGUAGGUGAACGUGUAGACAUAGGAUCAACCUGUAAACAUGACAGUGAAUGUACGGCAGGAAAUGGCGGAGAAUACUCUAAAUGCAACAGGAGACUGUCUCUAUGCAUAUGCACUGUCAAUAUAUUAGGUGAUGACAGAUGUCAACCGAGAGUUCGUAGUGGAGGGCGUGUGUGCAAGCGUAAGCCGCUCUACACUGAAGAAGAGCAAAAGAAUGUAUGCGCCAUGGAAUGUUCAGCAAAAGGUUGA